AACACGAGAACUACAAUUAUAAGAGUUCUUGAUUCGAAUUCUACAAUCAGUUACUGAUUGAGGACUCCAUUUCUAUAUUUUUUAAUACUGCGUACUGGUUACGAAUAGUGAAGCCACAGAAUCAAAGGGCAGAGAUCCAAGUCAAGGCGUGUCUUCAAAAGAAAGAAAGAAAAAAUGUCGCAAAUAAAGAACCUCACCCGCAAGCUGUCUGCCGCCUAUCCAUGGACAUCCACGCCCCUGAUUGUCGGUGCGCCGAUGCGGAUCAUGUCCGGCCCAGCGUUGGCGGUUGCCGUGUCGCGCGCUGGCGGGUUGGGAUUCAUCGGGCCCUCUGCCAAGACCAAGGACACGUUUGGCGACCUGGAGGAAGCCCGGUCGCGGAUUGAAGCGGACAGAGCAAACGCACGCCUGGCAAGACAUCUGUCGGAGAGCGGCCAUCUUCCGGUCGGGGUGGGAUUCCAGCUCUGGAACGAUGAUGCCGAGACGGCCGUCUCGGCGAUCGAAGAAUACAAGCCCUGCGCGACGUGGCUGUUUGCUCCACGCGAGGAGGAGAUAGAGAAGGGCCAACGCGAAUUCGACAGCUGGACAGAACAUAUCCGGCGAGUCUCGUCGCAGACGAAAAUCUGGGUCCAGAUCGGGACUCUCGCGGAGGCGAAAGCCCUCCUCGCCAGCCGGUCCGCUCCCGAUGUGGUGGUGGUGCAAGGGGCCGAGGCCGGGGGACAUGGCCGCGCGAAAGACGGACUAGGUCUUGUAAGCCUGUUGCCUGAGAUGGCGGACGCGUUUCACGCACGGGAGGAUAUCGCUCUCGUCGGGGCGGGGGGGGUCGCCGACGCACGAGGCGCCGCGGCGGUGUUAUGUCUCGGUGCGUCCGGGGUGGCGAUGGGGACUCGGUUCCUGGCUGCCAGCGAGGCACGGAUUAGCAAAGGGUAUCAAGACGAGGUGGUUCGAGCUACUGACGGGGCGGCCAACACCACAAGAACGACGCUGUACAACCAGCUGCGCGGGACGGUGGGCUGGCCCGACUGCUUCUCUCCACGCACGAUCACGAAUCGAAGCUGGUCUGACUAUCUGGCGGGCGUGCCCUUUGCAGAGCUGAAGAAGAGACACGACGAGGCAGCCAAGGCUGGGGAUCAGGGCUGGGGACCAGAAGGGCGACUGGCUACAUAUGCUGGAGCUUCCAUUGGGCUGGUUAGGGAGGUCAAAGGGGCAGAUGAAAUAGUAGAAGAGGUUCAAGAGGGAGUUUGCCAGUCUCUAGAUCUAUAGUCCAGAUCUAUAAUCUUUCAGCUCUUUAUUUGAUAUUGCUGUAGAAGGGAAUCUUUUGUAUUACCUUCUGACCAGAGUAAGGAAUCUACUCUACCAUAACAC